GUUACUGUGAAGUCGGAGGGAAGAAGCCGGCUUUGCCGGCUACGAAAUUCCCCCUUUUCAAAUCUCUCCUUUCUCCUCUCUUUACGGCCAAUCCCUUAAGAUAUUGGACUCUUUUUUUCUCCUCCUCAAUAAAAACCUCACUCGCCUUCCCCUCUUUUGUAUUGUUCUUUCAAUAAAUAAAAAUCCUAACUUCUCUCUCUUUUUUUUUUUUUUCUGUUGUUUUGGAAAAUUUGUGGUGUCGAAUAUGGUGAGUUAUUACGAGGAACAUGUCGGCAGAGAAGAGGAUUGUGUUGUUCAUCCUGAUCCCGUUGUGUUGGAGCUCAACCGUUUACAGAACCUUCUUUCAGAGAAAAACAGGGAGCUGGGAGCUGCUCGUAGUGAAAUCAAGGCCUUGAAAGCCACAGAAGCCCAGAAAGAUAAAGCACUAGAAGAGCUGAAAAGUGAAGUUGAUAAACUUGAUGACAAGCUUAGAGCCACUGAAAAUCUUCUUGAACACAAGAACCUUGAAAUAAAGAGACUAACAACUGAGAAGAAAGAUGCAGUAGCUGCACAAUAUGCUGCUGAAGCUACUCUCAGAAGGGUAUAUGCAAAUCAGAAAGAUGAUGAUUCUCUUACCCUUGCGUCGGUCAUUGCUCCUCUCGAAGCCGAAAUCAAAAUCUACAAGAAUGAGGUGGCAUUACUGCAAGAGGAUAAGAAAGCUUUGGAGCGUCUGACAAAGUCAAAGGAAGCGGCGCUGCUUGAAGCGGAAAAGAUUCUACGAAGCGCGCUUGAGAGAGCUCUCAUUGUCGAGGAAGUUCAAAAUCACAACUUUGAGCUGAAGAGACAGAUUGAAAUUUGCCAGGAAGAGAACAGAAUCCUAGAGAAAACAAAUCGCCAGAAAGUAAUUGAGGUUGAAAGGCUUGGCCAAACCAUUGAGGAUCUAGAGGAAGCCAUUCUAGCCGGAGGAGCCACAGCCAACAUGGUUCGAGAUUACAAGAGACAGAUUGAAGAAUUACAUGAAGAGAAGAGGACUCUUGAGAGAGAAUUGGCAAGAGCUAAAGUCUCGGCGCACCGUGUUGCUACUGUGGUGGCGAAUGAGUGGAAGGAUGAGAAUGACAAAGUUAUGCCUGUCAAGCAGUGGCUAGAAGAGAGAAAGUUGUUGCAGGCGGAGUUGCAAAGAAUGAAAGAGAAGUUAGCUAUUUCUGAAAGAACAGCCAAGGCAGAAGCACAACUCAAGGAAAAAUUCAAGCUGAGGUUGAAAACAUUGGAAGAAGGGUUAAAGCAAAUACAAAUUUCCCCACUGAAUAGCAAUGCAAUUUGUGGAUCUCCUAAAGCAGAAAGAUCAAAUAACAUCUUAGGCUUCUUAACAAGCAAUGGAAGGAAGAGGUCAACUUCAUUAUCAAGGCCUUCGAUCAUCACCAAAAGUUCCAAUAUUCUUGUGCAAACAGCAGAUUAUGAAAAGGCCACUGCACCAGAGUUAAAUCGAUCGAACAGCUUGAAGAAAACAUAUGCCUCAGCUCGUGAAAAUGUGAUAAAAAAGAGUAUGUGGGCUACUGGUAGAAGUAGAGUGGUUGAGAUUGAUGAAAAGGAGGGUAAUGAAAUGAGGGGAAACAAAGAAAACAGAAAUGCUACCAUAACAGACUCCAAGGAAACCAAUGAUGGUGAAGGAUUGGACAAUAAAGAACCAAUCAACCUCGAAAACGAAGAUACAGUUUCGGGCUUUCUGUAUGACAAAAUACAGAAAGAGGUCAUCAAUUUGAGGAAGCUAUGUGAAGUAAAAGAUGGUAACUUGAGUGCAAAAGAUGAAGAAAUAAAGAUGCUCGUGAAAAAAGUUGAUGCAUUAACAAAAGCCAUGGAAGUAGAAUCUAAGAAAAUGAAGAGAGAAGCAGCAGUGAAAGAAAAGGAAGCAGCAGCAGCAGCAGCAGCAGGGAAAUUAGAGGAAAAUAAAAACACCAGGACCCUUUACGCCAAAAGUCGUAGGCUAUCAACUUGAUAACUUGCAGAGGAAAUGCAUUGAAGAAAAAAAAUGAAUCCAGAUGAAGACUUGAUUAUAUCAAUCAGUUCUGGUUUUUGUUCUUGUUUCUUAUGUAGAUACACUACGUCACAAUUUUUUUUUGAAAAAUAGUUUUAAUUUUUUAAUAAUAGGUUUCUCUAACUAUUUAUCUC